AUGCCUCGUUUCCACUCCCUCCCUCCCGAGAUCCAGGACAUGAUCCUACAAGAAGUUUCCCGAGAACCUUCAACCGCCCCCUACGCCGUCGUCUGCAAAGCCUGGCAGGAUUUCUUCGAGAGAAAAAACUUCAAGUCCCUCGCCAUCAACCAACGCGACCUGCCCUGCCUCUCACGAAUCGUAACCCCCCGACGCCAAGGGUUCGUCAAACAAAUAUGGUAUCGAAUCUUUCUUCCUAAUCAUACCACUCGAACACUGAAGACAUUCGAAAAACCCAGAGUACUAUGGCGUGCAGACAAGGUAUUUACCAGUUCCAUUCUUAACCUCUGGGACAUCCUUUCUCUGUGGAGCCCCCAGAACAGAAUCACUUUUGAGCUAAGUGCUUUCUCAUACUGCGAUUGGGCCCAUAUUAUGCGACCAGAGCGUAUUUUUGAACGUGAUCUCGCAGAGUACAAGGUCCACAAGAAGCUGGAGUUGAGGAAACCUUACCAUUACGACAAUCCUCAUGAGCCCUACGUUGACCAGUACAGGUUGUUCAGUUCGCCGAAUAUUGAUCACAGGAUGCGGACUCACUGGAACGCCUUGAGGCAUGACCUCCUAGGUUGGAAAAACAUUGAAUUCACCACAGCCGCGGACGAAAAAACAGUACCAUGGUACACAGAGGAAGAUAACAUCCUCCCUUCCGUACCCAUCAUUUCCAAGUUUCUUAUCCGCCGAACACAAUUCCGUCAAUUCUGUCCAUGGACCUUAUCUGAAAUCUUCGACAGUCUCGAAAACAUAGAAGGCAUCACCAUCGAGCGAUGGGCCUCAGUUGAUGCCGAAGACGAAACAUAUUGGAACCAAGGUGCCCAUGUAGCAUAUGCCAUGGAUCUGCCAGUAUCAGUCAAGUCGUUAUCCAUAAACGGAGAGAAAUGUCGAGCGUUUCAGGACUGGGCAUCAAGCGAUGUCAAAUGGAGAAGAGGUUUGGCCAAGAGCAUUCGUCAAUACUCCAAGAACCUAGAGCACAUGUCAGUAACAGACAUUAUCGAUGCCAAAGACUUCCUCCGUCGCUUUCGUACCUCCCUCCCAGAAGAAGAAUUUGAUUCACUACGAAGGUGGCCUGACCUUCAGGUACUUACGCUAUCAACAGACCUAUUCGAAACCCAAGACCGAGACCAGAUCGAAAACCUCCUCUGCGCUGCGGCGAGAGCAGCGCGUAAGAUGCCAAAACUUCGAACGUUUGAAAUCAGGAGCAGCAAAGAUGCGCAAUGCUUAUUUCGGUACAAUAUUGUCCAAGCUAUUGCAGAGAUAACUUGGUCAGGGCCAAUUGUCGAUAGUACCGAGAUAAUGAAGGAGUGGGAGAAGACAUCUGCCUGGAGAAACAACAGAGACGUAAGAACCAAUGACUUCUGA